AUGGCCGACGAGGCGCUGGAGGAGGCCGGCGGGGCCGAGCUGGCGGGCGCGCCGUGCGCCGAGCUGCCCGGGCUGGGGCGGAUCCGCGGCAGCGCGCGCGGCGGCGUGGCGCGCUUCUUGGGCGUGCCGUACGCCGCGGCGCAGCGCUGGCGGCCGCCAGGCCCUCCCGAGCCGUGGGCGGGCGUGCGCGAGGAUCCGGCCGAGCUGCCCCGCUGCCCGCAGCCUUCGCGGACGGGCAAGACAUUCAGGGGCCACGACCUGGUGGACUCCGAGGAGCGCUGCCUCGUGCUGAACAUCUGGGCCCCCCAGUCGGCGCUGCCCCUGUCGGCCGCGUCUGGCGCGGAGGCUGGCCUCAGGCCCGUGCUCGUGUACAUCCCCGGCGGGGGCGGCAAAGUGCACUCGGCUCACGGCCCAGCCGAGAGCGGCCUCGCGCUCGCCAGGGCGCACGGCCUGUGCUGCUUCCACCUGAACUACAGGCCCUCUCGAGUCGCGGACAAGUCACGACGGGAGGUUUUUCUGUGUUCUGCGUCGGGGGGCCCUUGCUGGGCCUCGGGGCCGUCAAUUGCCGACUCAGGGUGA